AUGGUGAUGCUGGCAAACUCCGGUGCUACAGACUUCAUGAUGGGUCGAUCGAGAGUGUGCAGAAGGCUGACUUUUGAUAGUGACACAGAUCAGAGGUCAAUGAAAUCUGGCAUUUCAGAUGAAUCCAAACACAAUUUGAGCAUCAGCCUUAGAAGAUCUUUCCAUGAAAGUUUCACAACGAUAAUGAAGCAGAAAAAAGAACGUUGGAAUUUUGAUUUUGAAAAUGAAGUUCCUUUGGAUGGUAGAUAUCAAUGGGUGUUUGUUGGCAAUGACAGCUGUAAUAGGAAUGAUGCUUUUAAUUGCACUGCCACCUUAAAUGACAGUAUAUCAUCAUCCUCAUCAUCACCAUUUUCUGACAGUUCUUUAUCAACAUCUACUGACUCCACAUCAUCAAAUUCCUUCAACAAUGAAAAUAUAGAUUACCCACACUUCGGUAAAAUAAGAAACAAGAGAUUCCGACAAACCAUACUUAAAGUGAUUCUCAAGAUGCAUUACUGCAUAUGGCUACCAACUGGUGAAUUGCUUUAA